AUGUUGAAGACUGCAAAGAAGCACAAAGCUAACUUCGCUGCAAUCAAACUUGAAAAAAGCCUGAAAGAACAACUACCUAUGUGGUACCAUAUCAGCGCAACAAAACAGCUACGCCGGCUGGACAACACGAUACUAAGUAAGUGCCUGCGUAAAGUACACAACGUAACUACGGUAGCCGAUAUCGCCCAAGCUGCGAGACACGACGCACCUAUAGAGGCGGAAGGAACUGGAACUAGGACUGUAUGCCAGUGCGACCAAUGCACGGCAGACAGGUCUCUGGGAUGCAAAGACCCAAUAAGAUGUAGGAUAGCAGCCGGCCGUCUGUUGGGCGAUAUCGGGCUGAAAUGGAAUCCAUCAGACCCAUCCCCGAAUGAUAGACUGACACUCACAAAGAGCCGGAAGGAGGCCAAUACAAAGGCCCUGGAUAAGAACGGUGAAUACGUAACGUUCGACCCAUCAGUAACAGAGCGAGGUGGAAUAGCGGAAGCGUUCAGAGUCUUCGUCGACGAGGAUAACAUUGACAACCCUCCAGCGAUACGCGCUCGCAGGGGGAUAGUAGUAGAGUCAGAA